AGGAAAUAAGUAAAUAACUUAAAUUACAACAUUCUAUACAAGAUACAACUGAACUGACUACUGACAACUCAGUAUUAAAUAAUCACGUCUAUUCACGAUAAAAUGUUAUUUUAUUUCUAUAUUACUACUUAAUAGUUCGUUACCUUUUACAAAAACGGUGCCUACAGCUCUCUAACUAUUAACUCUAAUAGUGUAAUAUUAAAAAUAUUAUGAUGUUACUUUAAAUUUUCUUGUAUUAUACUUAAACCUGAAGUUCGUACAACUAAUUCUUUCUUCAAGGUGUGACAGUAAGCUAUAAUAAAACAUGAAAUCCUUAUUAUGUGUGUCACUUACAUUUGUGAUUUGUAUGGUAAACUAUGCUGUUAGUCCUCCGCCAGCAUAUAUUUCUAGCACUAGACCAACAGUUCGUUUAUCUGACCAAGAAUUUGAACAUAUAAUAAAGGAUGAACAAGAUCAGACCCAAAAGAGUCAUCAACCACCACCUGAUGAAAAAACAUUAGUUGAUUUAGGUAUUGAAUACAAUCGUUAUUUAAAAGAAGUUGUGGAGACCUUAGAAAAAGAUGAUGCAUUCAGAAAAAAACUCGAAACUGCCAAUGAAGCAGAUAUUAGGACUGGUAAAAUUGCUGAUGAAUUAGAAUAUGUAGGACAUCAUAUUCGAUCAAAAUUAGAUGAACUUAAACGCCAGGAACUAAAUAGACUUCGUGAUAUCGCAAGAAAAGCUUAUAGUGAUUCUUCUGAUCCAGGACAUGUUGAUCACCAAAAUCCACACAGUUUUGAAAAAGCCGAUCUUCUAAAACUUAUACAACAGGUUGCUAAAGAUCUAGCAGAUGCUGAUUUGAAACGUAAACAAAUGUUUAAAGAAUAUGAAAUGCAGAAACAUUUUGAAAGAGAACAAAAAUUGAAACAAAUGACAGAUGAAGAACGUCAAAAAUUUUUAUCGGAAGAAACAAAAUUAGAAUCCGAAAGAGAAGUCAAGCAUAAACUUGAUCCAAUUCAUCACCCAGGAAGCAAAAAACAACUUGAAGAAGUUUGGGAAAAACAAGAUGAAAUGGAAGGAGAAAAUUUUAAUCCUCGUACAUUUUUUGCAAUGCAUGACAUUGAUGGUAAUGGAUUUUGGGAUGAAGAUGAAUUAAAAGCAUUAUUUGUACGGGAGCUAGAUAAGCUUUAUCAACAAGGUAUGGCAAAAUCAGAUCUAAUGGAAAAAGCUGAAGAAAUGGAACGUAUGCGUGAACAUGUAUUUAAUGAAGUUGAUUUAAAUCGAGAUAGACUAAUCAGCUGGGAAGAAUUUAAGCGUAUGUCUGAACAACCAGAUUUUGAAAAAGAUGAAGGAUGGAAAACCAUUGAUCAAAAUGAAAUUUACACUAAUGAAGAGCUUAAACAAUUUGAACAUCAGAGACAACAACAAAUUGAUCAAAUGAUACAAAAUGGACAAAUUCCACAAUAUCCACCAGAAUAUUAUCAACAUCACCCAGAUAUUCCAAAACCUGUCCUGAAUCAUGGACCAUCUUAUCAAGUAAAUCCUAAUUAUCAACCUCAACAAAUGGGAUAUCCUCAAGAGCCAUAUAUGGGUCAACCACAAAAUAAUCAAUUUGCCUAUCAACAACAAAUGAACCAACAGCAUCAACAAUUCCAGCAACAGCACCCACAAAAUCAACAGCAGCUUCCACAACAACAGUUACCUCAAUAUCAGCAACCACAAUAUCAGCAGUCACAAAAUCAGCAGCCACAGCAAAAACAACAACAGCCACAACAAAAUCAACAGCAGCAGCCACAACAACCAAAACAGACUAUUUCUCAAAAUGCAGUUCCUCAGCAACCAGCUCAAACAGAACAAAAAUCUAAAGAUCCUCAACUACAACAGCCACAAGGCCAAUUACCACCUCUUCAAAAUUAUGCUCCAGAACAACAACAGUACCAAGCUGUAAAUAGUGAUUCCAUAAAUAAGCAAAAUAUUGGUCGAUUAAAUGAUGUGAAUUCAAAUAAAAUUGAAAAGAACCAAAAGGAAAAUUUUGGGAAAACAAGUCAUUUGAAUAAAAACUUAUGAAUACAUUUUGAAUGAAUUGUCAAAAAACUUUAUAUUUCUAUAUAGAUUCCAUUUUA